GUGAUUUAACUGUACUUCUGUCUCGGUCUGAUUCAUGGUUUCUGACAGGAUCGUCUCACUUUUAUCUCCAGGUUGUAAAAUGGAAGAUGAGGACAUCACAGGAGAUCGCAUGGAGGAAGGAGGGGAAUGUUUUUCACAGAAGUCCCGUCCUUCUGAACAUCUGAGAUUGCACACGGGUGAGAAGAAACAUGUCUGCUCCGAGUGCGGGAAAAGUUUUCCACGACGAUAUGACUUUGUUUUACAUCAAAGAACUCACACAGGGGAGAAGCCAUUUUCCUGUUCUGAGUGUGGAAAAUGUUUUGCGAUAAAAUCAAACCUUGGAAAACAUCAAAGAACUCACACGGGUGAGAAGGCAUUUCCCUGCCCUGAGUGCGGGAAAUGUUUUUCACAGAAGGUCCAUCUUAAUACACAUCAAAAGUUUCACACGGGUGAAAAGCCAUAUCCCUGUCCUGAGUGUGGAAAAUGUUUUACAGAAAAAUCAGACCUUGUAAAACAUCAAAGAAUUCACACGGGUGAGAAGGCGUAUUCCUGCCCUGAGUGCGGGAAAUGUUUUUCACAGAACAAAUAUCUUGUUAAACAUCAAAGAUCUCAUACAGGGGAGAAGCCGUAUUCUUGCCCUGAGUGUGGGAAAUGUUUUAGUCUCAAGGCCCAUCUUAACAGCCAUCUGAGGUCUCACACGGGUGAGAAACCGCAUUAUUGUUCCGAGUGUGGAAAACGUUUUAGAGAAAAAAAAGGCCUUGUAAAUCAUCAAAGAACUCACACGGGUGAGAAGGCUCAUUUCUGCCCUGAGUGCGGGAAGUGUUUUGCACAGAAGCACCAACUUGAUACACAUCUGAGGUCUCACACGGGUGAAAAGCCGUAUUGCUGUCCUGAGUGUGGAAAAUGUUUUACACAGAAAUCAGGCCUUCUAAAUCAUCAAACAACUCACACGGGGGAGAAGGCGUAUUCCUGCCCUGAGUGCGGGAAAUGUUUUUCACAGAAUUCCCAUCUUAAAAUACAUCGGAGAAUUCACACGGGGGAGAAGCCGUAUUCCUGUGCUGAGUGUGGCAAAUGUUAUCCACAGAAAUCAGACCUUAAUAAACAUCAAAGAUCUCACACUGGUGAGAGGCCGUACCCCUGCCCCGAGUGUGGAAAAUGUUAUCCACAGAAAGCAGACCUUAAUAAACAUCUGAGAUCUCACAUGAGGGAGAAGCCGUAUUCCUGUCCUGAGUGCGGGAAAUGUUUUUCGCUCAAGUAUGAGUUUAACAAACAUUGUAGGUCUCACAUAGGGGAAGUGGAAACCUCUGGGAUAAUAUUGUUGAUGUUAUUUUCUGCCAUUCUGUUGGUUUCGGAUGAAGGUAUUAUAAACGUGAAAGUUGAGGGUGAAGAAGAAGAGACGUAUGCCAUGGAGAAACCCUCAAAGGAUCGUCUCACUUUAUCUCCAGGUUGUAGAAUGAAAGAUGAGGACAUCACAGGAGAUCACAUGGAGGAAGGCGGGAAAUGUUCGUCACCGAAGUCCCGUACUUCUGAACAUCAGACAUUGAACACGGGUGAGAAGAAACACGUCUGCUCCGAGUGCGGGAAGAGUUUUCCACGACGAUAUGACUUUGUUUUACAUCAAAGAACUCACACGGGGGAGAAGCCGUAUUGCUGUUCUGAGUGUGGAAAAUGCUUUGCGAUAAAAUCAAACCUUGCCAAACAUCAAAGAACUCACACGGGUGAGAGGGCGUUUCCCUGCUCUGAGUGCGGGAAAUGUUUUUCACAGAAAAUCCAUCUUAUUUCACAUCAGAGAUAUCACACGGGCGAAAAGCCUUAUUUUUGUCCUGAGUGUGGAAAAUGUUUUACGGAGAAAUCAGUCCUUGUAACACAUAAAAGAACUCACACGGGUGAGAAGGCAUAUUCCUGCCUUGAGUGCGGGAAAUGCUUUUCACAGGGAAAACAUCUUCUUGCACAUAAAAGAUCUCACACGGGGGAGAAGCCGUAUUCUUGCCCUGAGUGUGGGAAAAGUUUUUCGCUCAAACCCCAUCUUAACAACCAUCUGAGGUCUCACACCGGUGAGAAACCGCAUUCCUGUUCUGAGUGUGGAAAAUGUUUCAGAUUGAAAAAAGGCCUUGUAAAUCAUCAAAGAACUCACACGGGUGAGAAGACCUAUACCUGCUCUGAGUGCGGGAAAUGCUUUACACAGAAGCACCAUCUUGAUGCGCAUCAGAGGACUCACACGGGUGAGAAGCCGUAUUCCUGUCCUGUGUGUGGAAAAUGUUUUUCGCAAAAAGCCGGCCUUCUACACCAUCGAACAACUCACACGGGUGAGAAGCCAUAUUCCUGCCUUGAGUGUGGGAAAUGUUUUGCACAGAAUUCCCAUCUUAAAAUACAUCAGGGAACUCACACGGGUGAAAAGCCACAUUCCUGUGCUGAGUGCGGAAAAUGUUUUUUACAUAAGUCAGCCCUUGUUAUACAUCAGAGAUCUCACACGGGGGAGAAGCCAUAUUCCUGCCCCGAGUGCGGGAAAAGUUUUUCUCGUAAGUGCAAUUUUAACAAACACUGUAGGUCCCACACAGGGGGAGUGGAUGUGUAGCUUCUUAGUGUAGAUAAUGCCCAUCAUGAGAUUCCAAUCUUGCCGAACAUCAGAUAUGCUUCACACUGGGGGAGAAGCCGUAUUCCUGCCCUGAGUGCGGGAAAUGUUUUUCACAGAAGUUCUAUCUUCUCAAACAUCUGAGAACCCACACCACCCUCAAGAUGUAUUCCCCAGAGUGCGGGAAAUGUCUUCUAUAUGGAUCAUAUGUUGCCGUACAUCAGAGAUCUCACACUGGGAGAUAUACGCCUCAGAAAACACGUGGCUGAGCGCUCCUCUGAUCUUCAUCAUGGAAGAAACUCUUUGAAGCCUUCAGUAAGAUUAUUUUUUCCCUUCUAAAGUCCUCUCUGGCUUAUUCUGAGAGGAGGGAAUAUUACUAGUGGUUGAGUCCCUCUAGCAGUGUAGUCUGAUCUCCCCUGAUCUUCAGCAGAAGCUUCAUAGGAAGACAUCCUGGUGAGAGACUCUAGAUAUGGAUGAGAGAGAAGGGGAGAUCAGAUUACAUUACAAGACUGACAAUUUCUGUGUAGCAGUCAUCUGCUGGCUGAAAGUGAAAAAUAUGACAUUUCUAGAUGUAAGAUUUCCAAUUUAGUUAAAAUAAAAUACAAAUGUACUCAUAA